CAAGGCUCUAGUUUCAUAGGUAGAUACACUUACACCGCACAUAAUCACCAUGACAACAGCAGCAUACGGUCAACGCAGGAGUAGCCUGGAUGGCUUUAUCCUUCGGCGCAUCCAAGAAUCUGCUGCAAAACGAUGGAGCAUCAGCGAAGAAUCGUUGAAGAGCAGCAGUACGAAAGCCACUGAAGACAGCAGUAUUAGUGCUAGUACAUGGGGUGAUCAUUCUGGCAGCAGUAUUAUUACUAGUACAUGGGAUAGUCAGUUUCAUUGCAGUAAUCGGAGUAAUUUGUGUGUGUCCUUUCAAGAAGAGCCCAGUGUACUGCUAAUUCCACCGAUUCCCGAAGAAGACAUGGAAAUGCUGUUUUACAGUCAAGACGACCAAGAUGACAUGAUGGACGAUGCCGAAAUGGUGGCCACAGGAUGGACGAGUCAAGAAGAUACUGAUCGUGGUUUGGAACGAUUCUCCGCUGAGGGAUGCCUUCUCAGCCAAGAACGAAGACACACCAUCAUUUCUGCUGUAUUGGAAGAACAACGACGUCUCCAGGAAGAGUGCUAUAUCUUUGGUGUGGAUCAACACAAAGUAUUGGCCAAAGUCUCUUGUCGACUAUCCGCCAAUUGCCAAGACUUGGCCUACCAACGAGCCUACCAAGAUGAAUUGGAGGGUUUGCCACGACAAACAACAAAACAGCAAAAACAACAAGCACCCCCGGGGCUGUUCUCUCGAGUGUCCGCCAUCUUCAUGAAUACCACACACAACAACAGCACAGGGUACAACUGCUAGCACAUGUAAUAAAAGCUAUAUAACAUGCAUUCAUAAGAUACAGAGGAUUAGUCUCAAUGGCCUUUUGCUUUUGCUCUACAGUAGACAGCCA